UGUUUGUUUGACAUGAGCAAAUCCUGCUGGACUGGUGGGUGACGGGUUUUGAGUAUGUCUUGGCAAGACAAUUUUCUUUGUAUAAAGCAUGCCAGGCAAGGCCAACCUGUCGAAAUCCUUCUGCCUGGCGCCCAGCUUGAGAAAGACGAGGAUUCUCAGAACCGGCAGAGCUGAUCUUGUGGAUCGUUCGAUGUUCGUUUGCAAGCCAGCAAAAACCGCUUGCUGGUGCUUGCACUCGGAAAAUUAAAGGCUGUCCCAUGCCAUCUCUCAGCACACAGUCAGAAUCUGGAGUCAAGCUGAGCAGACACCUUGCCGUGAUUCUACUUGGACAAAUCACAAGCAGGAUGUAGGUUUGGGCGUUUGGCGCUGUGAGUUUGAGGCAUCCAGUGUUGGAAGAGUGACGAAAUCUAUUUGUCAUUGUCAGCGAGAUUCGAGUCACUGAACGUUUUGAUUCAGCAUCCGCAGCGAAAGAUACAGCUCACAUGCUGUGUGUUAAAGGUGGCUCAAGGCUCAAGCUGAAGCAACAGGUUUUGGUCAGAGCCGAGGAUUUGUGCUUUGAGCCGCAAUGUCGGGCACAGAUGUCCAUUUCUUUUGCGAUAUACCAGAGGGACAUGUUGAGGGGCAUGAAGGGCCCCUUUGGACGCCUUGGGCCAUUGGGUGGUGGGUAACGUUGUUCAGCAUUGCCACGUUCAACAUUGCGAUGUACGCAGCCCUGACCUUCUGCUACUACUCAUCCUUCUCGACAGAUGCAGCGGUUAAAGCAUAUCAGCAGUUCAUGAAGAACGUGUGUGCCCCCUACGUCUUCGUCUGUGCAUAUCGCUCCUAUAUGCCAGCGCAGUAUCCUUUGCGAUAUGUUUGGUUUGAUACACCGCUGUCGAGCAUUUUGUUGGUCCGGAGUUUAGCAGCAGUAGCCGAGAUGUGCUUUAUCGCACAAAUCGCGAAGGCGCUUUCCUUCAUCGAGAACCAGGUGAACGACACCAAUCAACGUUGGGGCAACUUUUAUCAUUCCUUUUGUCAGGCUUCUGCUGUCGCAAUGGUGAUAAUCAUCUUUGUGGCCCAGUGUUUCUCUUUCGCCGGAACCAUCACGAAGAACAACUUAUGGUACGCAUGUGAGGAGUUCAAUUGGGGAUUGGCCUUCGCAGUAGGCAUGCCUUUCUUCUUCGUGUUGUCCUACCAGGUGUUUCAGCUUCGGAAAGAGACCGAGACACCGUGGACUUGCUCCUGCAAUGCCAUGGUGUAUGCGGUGGGGAUGAGUGCAUUCUGCCUUGGCUACGUGCCGUACAUGUUCGUCAUCGACGCACCGGAGUACUGGCAGCGCUACCAGGACCAGCUGGCGGAGGGCUUUGAAUUUCUGGGCUUCUGGGACGGCGUGAAGAAUGCGGCUUUCGUGCGUCAUCACACUCACCUCGAGGAGGUGUGGCAAUAUGCGACAGUUUGGCAGACAGCCUACUUCAGUGCAGCGGUGUGGCUCAGCCUGCUGUUGGCCUUGGCCCCGAAGCUCGAGGUUGCAAGCACCUUCAAAUCCCUUCUCGGCUAACCUAUCAGCCAAAGAAACGAUGGCAAAUCAAAGCUUCAAGUUUGAUAUCCGCCAUCCGCCCAGUUCGAUGAAGCUGGGCAAUACAGGCUUGACAGAAUGCUUCAUGCAGCAACCCGCACAAGACGGUUGUUGCGUCCGCCUUUGGGUAGGUGUCCCACAAAAAUGGGGUUGCUACAGUAGGAAGAUGCAGGCCUCCAGUCCAGGCGUGAUGCCAGAGUCCAAAAAGGUCACAGGCUGAUA